CGCCGGCCGCCCCGCAGGCCAUGGCGGCCGCCCUGGGAGCGGGCGGCGGGCCGGGCGCCGGAGAUGAUGACUUCGACCAGCUGGACAAGCCGGGUGCCGAGCGGUCUUGGAGAAGGCGAGCUGCAGACGAGGACUGGGACAGUGAGCUCGAGGACGACUUACUCGGAGAAGAUCUGCUCUCGGGCAAAAAGAAUCAGUCGGAUUUGUCAGAUGAAGAACUCAAUGAUGAUCUUUUGCAGAGUGAUAAUGAAGAUGAAGAGAAUUUCAGUUCCCAGAGUGUCUCGAUCGGUCUCAAUGCCACGUCAGGCCUGGUCACCUCCUUCGAGCUGUCCGACAACACGAACGACCCUUCUGGAGAACAGGAGUCCGAGUAUGAGCAGGGCGAGGACGAACUGGCGUACCACAAAAGCGACGACGUCUCUGAGCUGUACGAGUACCCCGAGGGAGCACAGUACGAGGGCCCGGAAGCCGAGCUGACGGACGAGCACGGCGAGUACGUGGAGGAGCCCGAGGAGGAGCAGCUGUACAAUGACGAAGUGCUGGACCUCGAGAUCAAUGAGCCUCUGGAUGAAUUCGCAGGAAGCAUGGAAACUUUGGAACUACAGAAGGACAUAAAAGAGGAAUCAGAUGAAGAAGAUGACGAAGAUGAAGAGUCUGGACGAUUACGUUUCAAAACUGAAAGGAAAGAAGGAACCAUUAUUAGACUCUCAGACGUAACUAGAGAGAGAAGGAACAUUCCAGAAACUUUGGAGCUGUCCGCGGAGGCCAAGGCCGCGCUGCUCGAGUUCGAGGAGCGGGAGCGCCAGCACAAGCAGGGCCGCUACGGCUCGCGGCGGGGCGGGCGGCGCGGAGGAGCCGUGAUGUGCCGCGGAGUGGGCGACCAGAGACGCGACGCCGGCGAGCGGGCGAGGCUCAAAGAGCAGAGGCCGGCGCUGCUCCCCACGCAGCCCCCCGUGGUGGCCCACUCCCCGAGGCUGAUCCCCCCACCGCAGCCGCCGCCACAGCCGCCGCCGCCGCCGCCGCAGCAGCCGAUCCGGAGCCUGUUCCAGCAGCCGCCGCUGCUCCCGCUGCAGCACCCGCACCUGCCGUCCCCGCCACAGGCCCUGCACCUGCCGCCCCAGAUGGACACCCCGCGGGUGAUGAUGACCCCUCCCCCCGUGACCCCGCAGCAGCCCAAGAACAUCCACAUCAACCCGCACUUCAAGGGGGCCGUGGUGACGCCGGUGCAAGUGCCCCUGCUGCCCCUCCCGAGCCAGCCGAGACCCGCCGUGGGCCCCCAGAGAUUCCCCGGACCCCCAGAGUUCCCGCAGCACAGCCCCGGCCCUGGACCCUCCAGCUUCCCCCAGCCCCCAAGACUGCCUCUGCAGGACCAGUGGAGAGCGCCCCCGCCCCCCCAGGACCGGGACCCGUUCUUCCUGGGAGGCGAGCCCCGGUUCCCGAGCCACCUCUUCCUGGAGCAGCGCAGCCCGCCGCCUCCGCCCCCCGCCCUCCUGGGCAGCAGCCACCCGGUGCCCUCGCCCACUCCCCUGCCCUUCACGCAGCCCGGCCCCGCCUUCAGCCAGCAGGGCCAGCAGCCCGUGUUCCCCCGGGAGCGGCCCGUGAGGCCUGCGCUGCAGCCGCCCGGCCCCGUGGGGCUCCUCCAUUACAGCCAGCCCAGCUCCGCCGCCACGAGGCCCUUCAUCCCGCCCAGACAGCCCUUCCUGCCCGGCCCUGGACAGCCCUUCCUGCCCACGCACGCGCAGCCCAGCCUGCAGGGGCCCCUGCAUCCCCCUCUGCCUCCCCCCCACCAGCCGCAGCCGCAGCCGCAGCUCCAGCCGCCGCCGCAGCACCCGCCGCCGCCGCAGCACCCGCCGCAGCCGCCGCCGCCGCAGCUCCAGCCGCCGCCGCACCCGCCGCCCCACGCGCCGCAGCCGCUCCAGCACCAGCACCAGCUCUCGGUGCCGCCCCCGCCUCUGCUGCCCAUGGCGCAGCCCCCCUUCCGGCCGCACCUGCAGACGCCGCCGCCGCAGGCCGCCAGCCGCACGCAGUGCCCCCCGCGACAGGGGCUGAGACACAACUCCACGGCCCAGAACCUGAGCAAACGGCCCCUGCAGCAGAUGCCGCCCACCGCGCCCCGCAACAGCAACCUCCGCGAGCUGCCCAUCGCCCCGUCGCACGUCCUGGAGAUGACCGCCAGCCGCUGCUCGGCCGCCUCCGCCGCCCCAGGGAAGGCUGCUGCUGGCACGUCCCCGCCCACGAGGCCAGCGGUGGGGACCAGAAGCACCCAGGGGAAGGCCGACGCGAGGAGCCAGCCGGCGAGCCCUGGGGCGCAGUCGAAGGGAGAAGCAAAGGCAGAACUGGAGUUUCCAGAGGAGGAUGAGGAGACGCGGCUGUACCGCCUGAAGAUCGAGGAGCAGAAGCGCCUGCGUGAGGAGAUCCUGAAGCAGAAGGAGCUGCGGCGGCAGCAGCAGGCGGGCGCCCGCAAGAAGGAGCUGCUCGAGCGCCUGGCGCAGCAGCAGCAGCAGCAGCAGCAGCAGCAGCAGCAGCAGCCGCCGCCGCCGCCGGGCCCCGCCCCCGCACCCACGGAGCAGGAGGAGCCAGCGGCGGCCGCAGCGCCGUCCCCGCCCAACGGCAACCCCCUCCUGCCCUUCCCCGGCGCCCCGGUCAGGCCAAACGUGAAGAACAGACUCCUGGCGAAGGCCCCCGAGGGCCCCGGCGCCGCGCCCAGACCCGCGCCCUCCGGGCCGCCCGGGGCUCCCUCACCGCUGCAGGGACAGCCGGCGAAGCCGCUCAAGCACGUGCGGCCCGCCCGGGCCCCCCCACUGAGUCCGGCCCAGCACAGGGUCCCUCCGGCCAAGCCCGCCGAGGGGGAGGGCCCGCCCCCCACGCAGGCCCCGCGCUUGGCGGGCCGGCCCCCAGACAGCAAGCUCGGCACCAAGAGGACUGUCAUGCACCGGGCCAACAGUGGCGGUGGGGACGGGCCGCACGUCGGCUCCAAAGUCAGGGUCAUCAAGCUGUCCGGAGGGGGCGGCGAGAGCGACGGCUUCUUCCACACCGAGGCCGCGCCCCAGCGGCUCCCCCCACCGGCCCGCAAGGUGACGCUGACCAAGGGGGUGCUCCAGCCGCCGCCCCACCCGCCCGUGGGCGCGCACAUGCACCCUGCCGGGCCCCCAGGCAUCAGGAGUAUCCAGGGCAUCCACCCGGCCAAGAAGGUGGUCCUGCACGGACGAGGCCGCGGCGUGGCCGGCAGCCUGGGCCGGGGCCGCCUCAUGCCCAACAAGCAGAACCUGCGGGUGGUCGAGUGCAAGCCGCAGUCGUGCGUGGUCUCCGUGGAGGGGCUGUCCCUGUCCACCACGGACGUGCAGCUCCGGAGCCUGCUGGUGUCCGUGGGGCCCAUCCAGAGCCUGCAGAUGCUGCCGCAGCAGCGGAAGGCCAUCGCCACGUUCAAGGAGCCGGCCCACGCGCUCGCCUUCCAGCAGAAGUUCCACAGGCACAUGAUCGAUCUGUCCCACAUCAACGUGGCCCUGAUCGUGGAGUGACCGCUUCCCAGAGGCCGACCCGGCGCUGCCCUGCGACGCAGACGGAGGCCCCCGAGCGCAGCCCCGCGCCUCUCGAGGCCCGCGGGCCCGUUGCCCGCCGCAGCCGGCCUGGCCUGGCCUGGACUCAGGAGACGGAACUUGCGGGACGCGCGGCCUGGCGUGGGGUCGGCUAGCUUCUGAGUGUGUGGGCGCCGCAGAGAACUCGGGCUUCUGUUUCCUGUCCCACGUCCUCCCGCAUGUGGACAGUGUCCUCGGGUCCCUCCCCGCGCCACUGAGCAGUGCCCAGAGCAGGGACAGCGGCAGCGCACGGCCGCUCGCAGAAAGAACACUUGAUAAUGGUUGCACUCACCUUCCGCGCAGGCAGUGAGACUUUCUCACGCC